AUGGAGCGCCAAGUGCAGGAGCUCCAAGGGAUCCUUGGGUGCACGCCCGAGCAGGCCGCCGCGGCCUUGCGGGAAACGGGCGGCGAUAUGGAUCGGGCGAUGAACCGCCUGCUGGACGGCGAAACGCCGCAGCCGCCGGCCCUCCCGGCGCCGGCAGACGCGCCGCAGGGCCCGCCCGCCUCCCCGGCGUACGUGAAUCCCGACGACGAGGAUGCGGAGCUGCAGAAAGCGAUGGCCGCCUCGAUCGCGCCGCCUCCGCAGCGCGAUACAAACAUGUCGGAAGACGAGCAGCUGAUGCGCGUCCUGGCCGAGAGUGUGCAGUCCGAGACGCAGCGCGAUGCCAAGUUUGCGGACGAGCACAAAGCGCUGGACCGCCUGCGCACAGAGGGCGGCCCGGUGGCGCUCGUUCCGUCGGUUCCGGUGUAUACCGCCGUGGCGCUCGUGCUCGAGGCGCUGUAUGCGAUCCCCUCGGCACGCGACGCGUUCCUCGGCUUUCCCCUGCCAGAGCAUGUCACGUCGGUAAGCAGCUACUGGGCCGGCGCGCAUGCCGCGCGCACGCCGAACGAAACGGCGAUCCCGGUGCAGGCCUACCCCAGUGUCGUGCUUGUGCAGCGUGUGCAGACGCUCUUUACCGUAAUGCAGCACACGUCGCGUGCGGCGCUCGUCCUUGGCGAUAUCGUCGACGUAGUGCCCCGCGACUAUAUGCUGCAGGCGAGCCGCAACGCCGAGAUGCAUGUGCUGCUCGAGGUCUUUCUCGAGUCGCUCGUGCACGCGUAUCUGGAGGCGAUGCUCAUUGCGGUCGAGACCAUUGUGUGCUCGUCGCGCACCGCCACUGUCGCCGCGCGUGCCGAGCAAGCGGACCACGACCGCGGCCUGUUCCAGUCGUAUGCCACGACGGCGCUCGCCGCGCCCGAGGACGGUGCGACGCCCGGCGAGGCGCAGCCCACGGCCACCAUCACGCUCGUGCACAGCGAAACGGACACGUUUGUGCGCGCGUGUCUCUUUUCCAAGCUCAUGGCGAGCAGCGAGAUGGACUCGCUGCUGAUCACGCGCCCCGCCGACGUGCUCCUCCUCAAUGUGCAGCAUCAGGCGGAGGCUGCCUUGCCGCCGUUCCGCAUCGAAGAGUCCAUCUCGCUCGACGCUUUCCUGUGGCACACGCGCCGUGGCGGGCGCAUCGAUAACGACCCCCGCUGGCAGCAGCUGCAGACGUGGGACGACGAGAAGCUCGCGCUCGCGCAGCAGCGCGCGCGCCUCGUGGCGCCGAUGGGCAAGCCCGUGCACGAGCUGCUCACGACCUGUGCCAAGGUGCGCGCGGCCGGCGACCAGUACGCCGAGCUGGCCGACUGGAUGGGCGAUGUGCAGCACGCGCUGCACUCCGAAGUGCAGACGCUCGAUGUACGCCUCGGCGAGCUGCACGACGCGAUGCUCACGACGCGUGCGGCGCUUGUGCGCGAGCUCGAUGCGGCGGCCUCCGAGACGCAGGAAUAUGCGUACACGCUCUGUGCGGUGCUCCUCGCGAGCCGCCAAGGGGACUGUGCGUAUGUGCGUGACGGCGAGCAGUGGUACAAGCUCGAGCAGGGCCGUGCGGACCGUGUGUCCUUUGACGACCUCGCAAGCGACCGCCGCGGCCUGGACGAAGGCCGCGGCGUGUCGCACCUCGCCUAUGCGCGCACCGGCGUGCCAGCGACGCCCCUGCGCCAGGCCGCGAUGGCGACUGUCGAGGCGGUGGCCAAGGACAACACACAUGCUACCGAGACUCGAUGUACAUAA